CCAUUCAUAAUGUUGGAGAUCACAUGGCAUCAUCUACUCCUAAUAUCUUGCAACCAAGCAUAGAAACUCAUGAUACACUUCCCUUAGAAGACAAUGAGGUUGAUCCCGUUGAAAACACUAUCACUAAUUGGGAAACCAACCCAACUACUGACCCUAUUGCUCCCGUCCAACGACCACAACGAGAGAGACGUGCUCCUCAGCAUCUUGAUGACUAUGUCUGCACCAUGCCCACAUCCCUUCAGCCCACAAAAGCUCCAUUACAGUCAACCAACUCAGCCAUAUCCUCUAUAGAUGAGCCUAAAACAUUUUCUCAAGCCAUCAAACAUGAAAAAUGGCGAGAAGCAAUGAGGAAUGAGAUCACUGCACUUGAGAAGAAUGGUACUUGGACAAUUGAGACAUUGCCUCCAGGUAAACGUGCAAUUGAUUCGAAGUGGGUAUACAAGGUUAAAUUCAAACCGGAUGGGACAGUUGAACGGUAUAAAGCCAGGUUGGUGGCCAAAGGCUUCACACAAAUUGAAGGACUAGACUUCCAUGAGACUUUUGCUCCUGUCACAAAAAUGGUAACAGUGAGAGUGUUGCUUGCUCUUGCAUCCAUUAAACAAUGGGAAUUGCACCAAUUAGAUGUGAAUAAUGCCUUCUUACAAGGUGAUUUACAUGAAGAGGCGAAUCCACAUAUAAUUCACAGAGACAUUAAAGCAAGUAAUGUUCUUUUGGAUAUAAAUUUUCAAGCAAAAGUUGCUGACUUUGGGUUUGCAAAGUUGAUACCGGAUGGUGUUACUCAUUUGACUACUAGAGUAAAGGGGACCUUAGGAUAUUUGGCACCGGAGUAUGCCAUGUGGGGGAAAGUUUCCGAUAGUUGUGAUGUUUAUAGUUUUGGGAUUUUACUUUUGGAGAUAAUUAGUGCAAAGAAGCCGUUGGAGAAACUCCCCGGUGGGGUCAAGCGCGACAUUGUGCAAUGGGUCAGGCCGUAUGUCCAAAAGGGUGCGUUUGAUCACAUUGCAGACCCUAGGCUGAAGGGAAAAUUUGAUCGAGCUCAAUUGAAAUCGACAGUGAUGAUUGCGUUGAGAUGUGUCGACGGUGACCCAGAUAACCGGCCAACGAUGAGAGAAGUCGUGGAAUGUCUGAAGGGCGGUGUGGGGAGGAGGAAGAAAGGGAUGGGGUAUGUGAAAGACAUGGUGGGAGAAGAAGACGAUGGAGAGAACGGAGAUGAUACUUAUUUUGAGGUAUCUAAGAAGGAGGAAUAUGAUUUAAAAAGGACCAAAUCACGAUCAAAAAGGAAGUGAAUGUUGAUUUUCAUUGUUCUGUAUUUUGUAGUGAAUUGAAAUGUAUCUUGUAAGCAUUCAACCAGGCUCGGAUUGAUCAUUGAUGUCUAAUUCUCCUCUUGUUCCUUUCAUGUAAUUUAUUGAUAUGUUUGUAAAUUUGUCCAAUCAAGAAAAAUCGCGAAGACAU